AUGCAUUUCUCAACCACCACCAUCCUCUCCACCAUCAUCCUCGCCUCCUCCGCUUUCGCAGGUCCCCUCGACUCCCGCGACUCAGACGACUCCUCCAACCCAGAUCUCAACAUCUUCCCCACCACCGCCGACGCCUACGAGAACUACGCCAUCUGCAAGAACAAGAUCACCAAGGACCGCUUCCCAAGUCUCGCUGCCCCAAGCGAUGAAGGCGGUUGCGUCCGCUACUACCCCGGGAUCGACAUGACCGGUGUCGUGACCAUGAUCGACCUCUUCUUCAAAGACGGCAUCUCCAACGCCUGCGACUGCGCCGCCGCCUGCUUGGACCGCCCCCUCACCUGCACCAACUGGGUCUUCAAGCACACCUUCGCCGGCGCCGCCAUCGACUCCAACAAGCGCUCCUGCACCCUGUACUCCUCGCCCAACAUCCCCACCGACGUGACGCUCAUGUAUCACCUCAACGGCUCCGUCGGCACCGGCGUCAUCGGCAUGAACCCGCAACAGGGCGGCGACGCUCCCCUGACGUUCUUGGAUGUGAAUAACACUAUGGUGGACAAGUUUGGUGUUUCGGGGUUCAUGAGCAGGGAUACGAAUGGGUUGCAGUAUUGUUAGAGCGGGGAUUGGAGAGCUGGUGUUAACAUUGCAUUGCAUAGCGUUUGGUUUUGGGUUGAGAUGAGAUGAUGGAGUCGCUCUUUACUGAUUUUGGAUUUUGCAUAGCUUUGGUGUUUUUCCCUCUUUUGCAUUUUAGAUUGGUU